GUGGAAAACGCCUUCUCGUCCUCUUCCAUAUAUGCUCCAAUAUACAAUUAAUUGCUAACAUAAUUAAGAUAAUAAAAUGAAAAGCGAUUAAAUAUAUUUACGAAACACAGGAAACAACACACACUUCCAAUGGAGGUCCGAAACGAAGACGAGGAAGUAGUGAGGAAGCUGCAAACAGCAUGCUCCGAUCUGAAAGACAUCAUCAAACACUCCCUCAACAUAGACGCUACCUACAAGAAGAUACACAACAAGUUCCAAAGCAUGCAAGACAGCCUAAACACGUCGUCAAAGAGAGUCGCUCCUCUGCAGUCUCUAUCCAUAGCGAACAAGGCUCUCGACACAAGAAUCAACCGCGCCAUCUCCCCGGCCCUGGCCCUCCUCGACAGCUUUAGCGCCGCCGAGUCGCUGCAGCGCCGCCUCCUGGAGAUGGAGAAGAAUCCGAGGAAGCUGAUGGAGUACGUGGAGUGCGUGGACCAGCUGAAGGCGGCCAUCAGCUCGAUCGGGCAGGAGAGCGAGCCGGCCAUCCAGAAGCUUCAGGAGGUGGUGGAGUUCCUCAGCAGGACCAAGGCCGCCGAUCUCUACACCACGGCGCGCUUGAGCGAGACGCUCGUCACGCUCAAGGCGCUGUGCGAGGCCGAGGUGGAUUCCAUGAGGUUUGAUGGGCUGCUCGAUGAAGCCUUGUUGAAUUUGCAGGAUGAGUACGAGGCUUUGCUGCUCAACCUGACCGACGCCGACACCGACGCUCAUGCCUUGGAGAUUCAGCUUCUCGCCAACAUCUCUCACACCUUGGGUGCAAAUGAUUGCUUGGAUAUAUGCAUUGAUAUGUUUGUGAAGGUGCGGUACAGAAGAGCAGCAAAAGCACUAAUGCGACUGAACCCAGAGUACCUGAAAACAUACAGGCCAGAAGAAAUCGAGUCAAUGGAAUGGGAGAGUCUAGAAAGCGCGAUAUCUCUAUGGAUACAGCACUUGGAGGUGGCGGUGAAGCAAGUCCUGGUGUGGGAGAAGCGCCUCUGCGAGCAAGUCCUGGGGAGCAUCAUGGACGGCAUCAUCUGGCCGGAGUGCUUCAUCAAGAUCGCCGACAAGAUCAUGGCCGUCUUCUUCCGCUUCGGCGAGGGCGUCGCCAGGAGCGACAAGGCCCCGCAGAAGCUCUUCAAGCUCCUCGACAUGUUCGACUCCCUCGAAACCCUCAAGCCGGAUUUCAACCAGGUGUUCCACGGCGACGCCGGGGCAGACAUCUGCGCCCGCUUCAGGGAGCUCGAGAAGCUCCUCGUCCACGCCUCCACCAGAGUGUUCUGGGAGCUGGGGUUGCAGAUCGAGGGCAACCAAGACGGCCAGCCUCCGCCGCAAGACGGCUCCGUGCCCAAACUCGUGCGCUACGCCGUCAACUACCUCAAGAACCUGGCCGUCCAGAGCUACAGCGCGCCCAUGGCGCAGGUGCUCAGAACGCAGCAGAUGUGGAUAGGCGACGCGGUGGAAAACGAUGGGGAUCUGCUGAGAGAUGCAGUGGCGAAGGUGAUGGAGGCGAUGCAGAGGAACAUCGAGUGGAAGAAAUCGAGGUACAGGGACAAAGUGGUGGCGCAGAUCUUCGCGAUGAACACGUACUGGUAUAUAUACAUGAGAAGUCGGAACACGGAGCUGGGGAAGCUGGUGGGAGAGGCGUACAUGAAGAAGAGGUACAGGAAUGCGGCGGAGGAGUCGGCUUAUCUAUACCAGAAGCAGGCGUGGGGGAGUCUGGUGAGGUUGCUGGAGGGCAAGGAGGCGAAGAUGGAGGAGUUUAUGAGUGGAUUCGAUGAGAUGUGCGAGAAGCACAGGAGCAGCUACAACAUUGUUUAUGAUGCCGAUUUGAGGGAGCAAAUCAAGGACGCCACUCUAAGGCUGGUCAUGCCGGCCUACACGGAGUUUUACGAAGCGAAUUCCUCGGUUUUGCUGGGUUGCCGCCCGCCGGAAUCGAUUGAGUCAUCGUUGAGGCAGAUUUUUGAGGGUGCUGACCAUACUCACCGGAAAAGGCGAUCCAUAUCUCACUUUGAUGCUCAUGAUUAAUUAAUUUCUCAAGUUUAAUUAAUGUUGCUGGCUACCUGCAUCUUUUUACCAAUAUAAUAUAUUGUAUUCGGAUUUAUAAUGUGCUCUAGUUUGAACUAUAAGUUAUUGUGCGGGACGAUUUUUUGGAUUUCAUCCAUAUUAUGAGGUAUCUUGCUAUA